UAAACAGGUGACUAACAGCAGAGUCAUCUAGAUCUAUGGCUGCCAACAUUCCCGAUACUAGACCUACAGUCAACCUGCCUAGACCCGCGUAAACAUGGCGGGCAGGGCGGAACAGGCUUUCACCGCAGACUUCACCAACACCCUGCGGAGGCCCGGGGGUGGGAGACGCCUGGACCUCCCCGCCCAGAGGUGUAUGACGUGUGAUCGUGUGCUGAACGUGAUCGUAGCUGUGUUUACAAUCAUAAUUGUCAUAGAGACCCUGGUCAGCGCUUUCCUCUUACCAAGAUGGCCCCCAGAGGGAAACAACAUAUUUUUCGCAGUGACAAUAGUAUGUCAAUGUGCCUCGCACUUACUUCAGAUAUACUGGUACAGACAAGGAGAAAUGGAGCCUAAAUUUAGGCGGAUCAUACUCUACAACGCCGUCACCAUCAGUUUACUGUGUGUAUGUGGUAACUUAUACAUACACGGAGUUGGUGUGGGAAACACGUGCAAUAAAGCUAGGAAAACUUAACCCCACAAAAUGAAUCUCAGAGGACAACGUCUCAAAGUUAGCAAAGCGUUGUCCUUCACAUCGACGCCUCUUACAUAAUGAAUCUCAGAUGACAAAGUCCCAAAGCUAGCAAAGCAUUGUCCUUCAUAUUGACGCCUCUUACAUAAUGAAUCUCAGAUGACAAAGUCCCAAAACUGGCAAAGCGUUGUCCUUCACAUUGACGCCUCUUACAUAAUGAAUCGCAGAUGACAAAGUCCCAAAGCUGGCAAAGCGUUGUCCUUCACAUUGAAUCUCAGAGACAACGCUUCUUAGCUAGCAAAAGCUUAGCUCCAUAGGAUGUGUCAGAGACAUCGCCUAUUAUCCGAAAAAGUUUCGUCCCAAAAGAUGAAUCUCAGAGACAACUGGAAGCUAGCAAAACUUUGUUCCACACAAUUAAUUUCGGGACAAUGCCUCUUAACUUGCAAAGUUUUGUCCCAAUUGACGAAUCUACGUAGAUAUCGCUGCAUUUUUUUGCCACCUAUAAUGUACGAUCGGCAUUCCAUACAUAACAUUAAAUGUCACAGCAGUGAUAUAAAAGGACACUGUGGCGUUGUAUUGUAAUAAGUCAGAUGGAAUGUCUCAACAUUGUGUCAUGUGACAUAUCGAGUAUAUAGCCACUAUUGUGUCAUGUGACAUAUCGAGUAUAUAGCCGCUAUUGUGUCAUGUGACAUACCGAGUCUAUAGUCGCUUUAAUUGUCAAUCAUUACAGUAGCCGUUAGAUCGUUAUCAGAAAGAAUGCAUGUUGAAUAAUUUAGAAAAAUAUGUGAAGUAUUAACAAAACACAAUCACAAACAGUUUCAAAUACCUGUAUAGUAAGUUGUUAUAGUGCCAUGCUUAUCGUUCUUUACUUGUAACAUAUGUCUCAUAAUAGAAACAAAAGAUGACAUCAUGUUGUUUAUCAUGUAUUUCGUUAUGCUGUUUCUAGUGUAUGUCGUACAUAGUGCUGUUUCUAGUGUAUGUCGUACAUAGUGCUGUUUCUAGUGUAUGUUGUACAUAGUGCUGUUUCUAGUGUAUGUCGUACAUAGUGCUGCCUAUAUUUUGUCAGACACUAUGUUGUCUAUAAUGUGCCAUGUUAUCUACGUUGCAUGACGUAAUAUUUGUUGUAUAUUUUGUCAUGUUGUCUCUACAACAUAUGACGUGUUUUCUGGAUAGUUUAUGACGUCACGUUGUCUCAGUAAUGUAUUACGGCGUGUUUUCUGUAUAGAGUUUGACAUCAUAAUAUGACAUCGUGUACGUUGUCGCCAUAAUGUAUGACGUCAUGUUGUCACUGUUAUGUAUUAACUAAGUAACGUUGUCUCUAUGAUGUAUGUCAUCGUGUUGAUUCGGAAUAUGUGACGUCAUCUUGUCACUUAAAUGUAUGACGUCGUGUUGUUGCUAUAAUGAAAUGUUGUUUUCUAUGAGAUAUAUGACGUCACGUUGUCUCUAAUUUAUGACGUAAUAUUGUUUCAGAAUUAAUAAUGAUAGAUGUUGUCUCUAUAUUAUAACAUAGUCUUGUCAUUGUCUCUUUAACAUAAAGUCAUGUUGUCUUUAUAACGUAACUUUAAUGGUGUCGUCUCUAGAAUGCAUUCAGUGUUAAAUGAUAAAUAGAAUACCACACUCUUGUUAUACUGUAAUUAAUUUCAGUAACAUGAUAAAUAAAGCAUACUCCUGUCUGACUAAUUGAGCUAAAAAGUCAAGUGAUGUUGAUCUUGAAAUGGUAGUCGGCCAAAGGACCGUGAUAUGUGAACAUAUUGUACUCAAUUUUGUCUGUCAAAUUGAAUAUCAAAUUAACACUUGUGAUACAUAUUAUUUAUAUGAACAAUAAAUUUCGUACAUGUGAUUUGUUGUUGCAAA